CAAAUCUUUUGAAAAUUUGUCUUUUGUUCUUUUCGAAUAGUUUAAAAAACGAAUUAUUUUUUCUUUAAAAUGCCUUAUUAUAAAUUCUUUAAGUCUGUUCAUGGAGCUUUUCUAAUACCUGAAAUGUUCGCGAGUAUGCUGUCGACUUUCUUCAUAGUUUUUCCAAUAGACAAGUAUCAGAAAAGAAAUGUAGACUUAAAAUGGGAAACUGCAUUUCUGUACGCAGUUUCCUUCUAUUGUUUCGCAUCUUCGACACUUCACUUCUUUGUAUUUCUCUGUUCUUCAGAUACAGCAAAACACUUUCCUAAAAUGAUAUUUUAUUUACAUCAUCAUUUAAUAGCGGCCAGUCUUUGUCUUGUAAUGGGAUCGUGGGAGGUAUAUUCAGAAGUACGCGAACAUGUUUCUGUUCUAAACCUUGCCCAUUACACAGCUGGGAUGUUGACAUUAAUAAACUUUGUUCUGUUUGCUGGAGGAUUUCUCUCUUUGUACCAUGAACAAGGAGGAAACUUGUUUACAAUGGCUCGUGCUUUAAGAAGAGGAAGACGAAGAUAUUAAUUGAAAAAAUAUUCAUAAUUCAGUAGAAUAUUAUAAAUAUUUUUCAUAUCCGACUUAUAAAUAAUUAUGUUUAAAAUAAAAUGUGAAGU